AUGCUGCGCAAUGUGCUCAUCAUGGCGUCCAGCGGCAUCGUGCUCUUCUCCAAGGAGUACGCGAACGCCGUCGCCCAGCCGCGAUUGGUGGGCUCCCUGAUCACUGCGAUGCUCGAGUUCUCCAACAAGGCGAGCGGGGCGCCCGUGUCGUACAUCCAGAUGUCUUCUGUGGCCGUGACGGUGGUGACCAACGUCAAGCACAAGGUUUUCUGCGCCAUGUUUCACGACACGACGGACGGCGCGAGCUUCUCGGCGUUCGUAGCGCAGGAGCUGCUGGCGGCUUUCAUCGCGCAGCACGGGGACGAGCUGGGCAAUAUGGGCCACAACUUGCGGGACUUCCACCGCUUCCAGUACAGAAUCCUCAGCGUUAUUCGCGAGUCGGUCAAGCCGAUUGUCAGGAAAUUGCAAAAGCAGCGCGGGAUUCUGAAGGCGAUGCUGGUGGUGGACGGCGCUGUAACAUGUGCAACAGGAGACGUAGACCCGAUCGGAGUGCUGGCGAAUUUGCAGGCGCUGGUGAACAGCUCGAUCGAUAUGAUGUCUUUCUCGGGCGACGGGGUAAGCUCCAUGACGAUCCAAAGCGGACGCAACUCUUGCAUACAAGUGAACGUCGUAGAAGGCAAUGAUGCAUUAGUGGUAGUCUACAAGAAGGGCGCGCAGGCCUCCAAGAACACGGCGGCAAUAGAGGAGUGCGUUCGAGCACUACGCCACGGUACGUACGAGUCAGUGUGCGUCUUGGCGCGGACAUUGCAGCAGAACUCGCGAUGA